AAACUAGAAAUCAAUGAUAUACAAAAGAUAAUUUUGGAAUAGACUUAUAAUUUUUAUAAAUUAAAAGAUUGAAUACAUAUUUAACAAUACAAAACAUUGUUCAUCUAGCAAAACCUUCUGUGUGAAAUUGAUCUCAAAUUGUUUUAAUAUUUUGCAAUGAAAUCAAACAAUGACUUAAUAUCAACAUUAUCUGCAGAAAGCAUUACUGCCAGCAACAAUUCAACAAAAAACAUCAACAAUAACAGCUUUCAGCAAAGUAAAAUAAACACGAAUUCGGGGUUUUCACAUGUUAUUCAUUCAUCGGUAUCAAUUCGAUCACAAGAUAACAGCUCUCAAAAUACACAAGCUUCAACUGCUAAUUUGGAUAUUGAUAAGGACUUAGAAAAAGUAGAGGAUAUAUUAGAAAAGGCUAAAUUUUAUACCUCGUUAUGUUUAGGAACAACUGCAAUUCUAUCGGUAUUUGCAUUUUUGUUUUUAAUUCCGUUUGUUGUUGACCCAUCAAUAUCGGCCAUUGUGGCUGAUUAUGAUCCAAUUCCCGUUACUUGCAUUACAACAGAUCAUAUUUAUGCAACUUCAUUAUCAAAUUGCUCUUGGGCAUCUUGUCGAGAGGGAUGUACCACCACACCAGUUCGUUGCCACCAAAUUCUAGUAAAUUAUUCUAGAAUUCCUUAUAACGAAUGGGACAAAAUGGUUACAAGGAAAGAAUUAGGUUCAGUUGAAUGGGAUGUUAUGGACACUAAACUAUUAAUAAAUACAGAAGGAUGUGGAUAUCCGCCUAAAGUAAACUGUACAAUUUUUGCUAAGGAAUAUGGGUCAUCACGCAUAGGUGAUAUAUUUCCUUGUUACUAUAGUCGUGCAUAUCCAGAACAAGUAGUCAUUAGGUAUUCAUGGGAUGAUAAUCUUAAACAUUUAAUUUUGUCUUUGGUAGUACCUAAUGUUCUUUUUGCUGUAUCCAUUGCUGUUUUGAGCUAUUGGUAUUGUCCAUGUUGUGAUAAAGCUUGUCAUAAAAAUCCUAGAGUAUAUGCAGAAAAGUAUCCAUCUAAAGAAAAAAUCAACUGGAAUGAAUUUGAAUGUAACGAGCAGAAAGCUUAAUAAACAUGUCGUAUAAUAACUCACAAACUUCAUGUGUAUCAACGUUAAUCACAACGGAGCUCAUAUUUCAAGAAGUUUAAAGAGGAUAUUUCAAAGGAACAGCAUUAAUAAAAAAAAUCAUUUAAUUAAAAAAAAAACGCAUUUUAUGAUGAAAACGAAUAAGGUAGAAAGUUCAAAUAUUCCGAGAACCAAUUUAAAAUGAUCUGUAAUAUAUUUAAAUUUUUUUCUUAUCUUUUUGAGAAAUGAAAUAUGUAUUGAAUACAAUUUCAUGAAACAUCAAUGUAUUAUUUAAGUAAGGCGAAUAAAUUUAAAAUAUCAAUUUUUUGUCGCCCCUCUCCGAUUCUGUCGAAAAAAUUCAGGGGGGAAAAAAUUAAAUAUAAAACUAAAACAUUUUUGACAUUUUUUGUAAUUGAAAAAAUUUUAAUUUGAAAAAUUACUGUUUGCGAUAAAAUCAUACAAAAAGCAAAAGAAAUUCACUUUUCCGAAGACACAAAAUAUUUUUUAAACCGGUGCAAAAUAUAUGAAUUUCUUGGCCGAGAUGUCGAAAAAUCAUUCAAAAUCAUUGAAUGGGCUGGCAAAAAUAUUGAAUGCCUGGCCCGACUUUUUUUUUUAAAUUUCUCGUGUUUGAACAAAAGGAUACUUUUUUGCCUAAAAAAUUUCAUUUUCCCAACUUUGAGGCUCUUUGUUUUUUUUUUGUUCAAGCUGGGAAAUUUCAUGUCUUUCAUUUCAAUUUCUUUGAAACGUUUACUGUUGUUUAGCAACUUAGCGCCUGUGAUUCUGAUAUUCGUUUUGAUGUUUUCAGGCGGGCGUUUCUGUGCGGUAGAAACAAAGUAGUAUAUCAAACAUAUACUACAAAAAUUCAAAAAAUAUUUAUUUUUCUAUUUCCCCCUUAUGAAAAUCCUCAUGGGACAAAAAUAUGAAAAUAUUAAAUUUAUUCGCCUAAGUAUGUAUUUAUUAUAAAAUUAUAUCAAGUUAUAUGUAAAUAGGUUUAACUCUGUACUAAGUAGGUAAACAUUUUAUUUUGUUAAAACUUGAAAAUUAAAAUAAAAUAAAAAAUAUAGCAUUUAAAAAUAACAAAGAUUGUUUUGAAAAUCAAUUUCAAAGAAAUUUUAAUCAUGAUUUUUCACCAGACGAUGGGUGAAAAAAAGUAAAAUAAAUAAACAUAUUCGCUUAUGAUUAUUCUUUUACAAAAAAAAAUGUUAUCAUAUUAAGUCAUAUUAGGUAGUAAAUAUUGAAUAUGAAUUCAAAAAAUAAGCUUGGGAUGAUUUAAGCAAAUCUGCAUAAUCAAAUGAUUUAAAAUGUAUAGAUCCUCCAAAAACUUUUCGUUUCGCGUUUCCUCCCCCAUGAUUUUUAUCAAAAAUCACCAUGGAGAAUAUAAAAAUUAUAUAUAUUUAUAUUUUGAAAUAUUAUUUUAUAUUAAAUGGCUGAUUUUGUAAGUUUUGAUAGCCUUUUUUUAAUAUCUUGUUUUUAAACAACUUUAACAUUUCAAACUAAUUUAAAGUUUAUUUUUGAAUAAAAAAUCAAGAAGUAAUUUUUACCCAUACAAAAAAUAUCUACGAAUUGAACAAUUUUAUAAUUUAUCCAUACGAAAUAGUACUAAAAACGAAUAUCUAUAUAAAAUUUAUAUCUCCCAUGAUUUUCA